UAGGCCACUCCCAUCACUUCAGAAAACUGGUCAGAGAGACAGGAGAAGGACUGAGUUAAUAGGCAAACCUGUAUGACAAGUUACAGUGCAGAACUGGAGUCCCAAUGCCUCCUACCCUGAUGGCUACAAUGAGACGGAUUUCUCCUGUCUGGCUCCUCUGUCUUCUGUUCUUUGCUUGGUUUGCUUACAGGUCUCAGUGGAUGAAGCUUCAUCAUGUCUCCAGGUGGUUUUAUUUGUUGCAUACAAUCCCACAUAAUAAUUCUUCCCCUGCUUCCAUGGAUCAAGAACUUCAGACCCUGAUGAAGGUGAUUGAGUGGCCUGAGCCUCCAGGUCCCACAGAUUAUGAAUUCUCCACCAGUCCAUUUACUACAGAGUUCCACAUGCUGUUCCCACAUGCCACGUAUUAUGUUGGAGAAUAUGUAGAAGUUCUCAUCAUAGCGCGGGACCACAAAGGCCGACCAAAAGCCUAUGGAGGGGAUUAUUUUCAGGCCAAACUGCACUCCCCAAUGCUGAAAGCAGGAGUCACCGGCUCAGUCACAGACCAUAGAAACGGCACCUACACGGCCUCCUUCCUACUGCUCUGGCCGGGGCAAGUGGAGAUCUCCAUAACACUUGUCCAUUCCACUGAGGCCAUAGCCAUCCUCAAAGACAAGAGGGAGACUCGUCCUGACAAGGUCUUCUUCUAUGGAUACUUUGAUGGAACCAAUGAAACGAUGGAAUGUAAUGUAGAACUGGCAGGACCUGAUAUCUGUGAAUAUCAUGACCCAAAAACCGGAGAGUCAUGGUUCUGCAAGAAGCCAAAACAGAUUCCGUGCAAUGCAUAUAAGGGCCAUUCAUCAUCAUCAUCAGUACACCUCCGAGAUAUUCUCACUCCAGAAGAAGCACUAUUCCUAGAUAAGUCUGUAAAGGAGAAGCUGAUUUCAUCCAAAGUUGGAGCAUUUAUGGUGUUGCCCCCAAAAAACAACACAGAUUAUAGAAGAAUUUGUUCCUCGGGGCUUCCAAUCCCAAACCCUUCUGGGUUUUAUUACCAGGACGUCUGGCAAUCCCGCGUCUGCAGAAACAGAGCUUUUCUUACUCCUUCUCACAUUACCGAAUGUCUAUCUGGGAAGGUCAUUUAUAUGUUUGGGGACUCAACAACUCAACAGUGGUGGAAUUUUCUGUUGCAAUUUAUACCAUCUCUACAGAGACAAGAGCUCCAUAUGAAGCCUCCAGCCCCACAGUUGGCGAUGGACCCAACACAUACAUUUGCAGUGCAAUGGCAGGCCCACCAGAAACCACUGACCAUGAAUUAUUCUGAUAAGGAGGAAUUGUAUUACAUUGCCAAUGAACUGGACAGGAUAGGUGGAUCCAAAGAAGGUCUAGUGAUUGUUAUAAAUUGCUUGGCACAUUUCGUCUCAUUCCCACUUAGAUUUUACGUCAGGAGACUUCAUACCAUUCGGGAAUCUGUGCUACGGCUAAUGAAACGAAGCCCAUUAGCCAAAGUUUUCAUCAAGUCUGGUAACACUGGAUACAUGUAUACCCAUGGCAGUGACUGGUUGUCCCUUCAGCUGGACAUGGUAAUGAGAGCCAUGUUCUCUGGACUGCCUGUUGUUAUACUGGAUGUUUGGCAGAUGACUUCCUGCCAUUAUGAACCCCAUUACCUGCACCCAGGACCAAUCAUUGUAAAAAAUCAGAUAGAUUUAAUGCUGUCAUUCAUUUGUCCCAAAUGAAACUCAUUAGUGUCCAAUGAUAUUUCUUUUCAAAGCACAAUGUUCUCUGUAGGCAAUGUAACACACCCGUAUGUUGUCAGGACACCAGCCACUCAUUGUCUUCAACUGUUCUUUGUAAUGAGCCAAACAUUGGGCAUUGAUUUCACAAAAUCACUUGGGUUGUAGUUUGCAGACGGUUCAAGCUUCCUUGCAAGUUUCUCCAAACCUUUUAAAUCACCUAUCGCCUGUUUUUGCUCAACAGAACCAAGGCAGCAACUUGGAGUUUUUAGACCAGUGAAACCCCAUGGUAUAUUUUAUAAUAGUUGAUUUUUCAAAAUGCCAACCAUGGUAGUCAUGUUACUGAGAUUCCCUGUUUUUUGAAUAAAGCUCAUGUGCUUUCCAUAA